AUGAGCGACCACGCCCUUACAACAGUCGUCAGCGGCUUCUACUCUGAGCUCAACGAAAAGCUCAACUUCAAAACUCGAGUCAACUCCCAGGAUCUUCCGGAACGAAUCAACAAACUCAUUGAGAAACUCAGCGAAGAAACCAUGAAGAGAUAUUACGGCUCUGGAAUCGUCGUGCCUGAGAACAUCAAGGGUGCUCGGAUUCUGGACAUUGGCUGUGGGAGCGGCAGCUUGGUCUUCAUUCUCGCAAACCUGGUUGGCCCCAAAGGAUAUGUUGUGGGCAUCGACGUUUGCCCUUCCCAGAUUUCUAUAGCACAACAGGAAAGUGACAAACAAGCUGCAGCCUGGGGCUACGACAAACCCAAUUUUGAGUUUCACGUGGCCAACGCAGAGAGACUUUUGGACCUAGGAUUCGAACCCUUUGACGUUAUUGUAUCGAAUGGCGUUUUCUGCCUAAUCCCGGACAAAGAGAAGGCUUUCAAGGCAACAGGUGAUCUCCUGAAGCCUGGUGGUCAAUUCUACAUUAACGACGUCUACACUGAUAGAGAGCAGCCUGAAGAACUGAAGAGCAAUGAGAAAUUGUGGUCUCUAGGAACAACUGGGUCAAUGGUCUGGAGUGAUCUCAAAGAUAUUGCAGUGAAAAAUGGCUUCACCGUGCCCUAUCUGACCCAGGCUGCACCUGUUGAUAUCAAGAAUGAGGAAUAUAAGAAAUUACUCAACAACGCCAAGUACACAUGUGCAGCAUGGCGUCUAUUCAAGCUUCCGCCAGGAGCCAAGAGAGGUCCAGCUACUGUAACAUACUUAGGCACCAUCGAAGAUUACGAGGAAACCUUCCCCUGGGAUGUGGACCUCAUGUUUAUGAAAGGCCAGCCCGUGAACGUUGAUGCUGAACUGGCGACCAUACUGGCUUUCACAACAUUCAAGAAAAACUUCGAUAUUAAAGACUACAAUGGGACAGUGACAACCAAAAGGAACCAGGAUCCAUUCAAGCGAAUGGCCGAUCUGGCAAAUGAAGGGAGAGCACCAGAACCAAUAUACAGUGUUGAAUAG